UAUAAUUGAAUAAAGAUUCUUCUAAUUUCAUGAAUAACAUUGAUUCCAAGGGUUAACAGUCUCAACUGAAAGUGCAAGAAGCAAACCUAAGAAGAAACGUUUGGGGAAAUUCUCGAUCGAAGCAGUGAGAAAAUCGCAGGUUGAAUUGAAAACUGAAGCAAAUUCCCUCAGAUAGUGCACUGGUAGUUGUUUGGUAGCUCGGCCACCCACUUUUGAUCGAAAAUGGCCUCCAAUGGUGCAAUACCGAGAGCGGAAGAUGCCGGGAACAGUUUGGAGAAGAUCAAGCGGCAGCUGGCCUCUGGUUCUGGUCGGAAUUUGUUGCAGGGUCCCCUUCUCAAGCGAUCUGAAACAUUGAGGAAAUGGAACGAGCGAUGGGUAAUUUUGGACCCAACAACAGGGAAAAUGGAAUACAAAAUUAGGAGAAAUGAGGCAACUAUCAAAGGAACUAUUAUAUUUGAUGCAAAUAGCAAUAUUACAGUUUCUCCCGUGAAUUUCCAUGGGCUACCAAAGUACGAUGGUUGCUGUAUCUAUAUUGGCACACCCCAGAAGCAAGAUUACUUCCUCUGUGCAGAGACUCCUGGUGCAGCUAGAGCUUGGGUGUCUACUUUGCAUGCAACCCAGUUGGUUCUUAAAGCCCAUAAAGAGGCUGUAAAUUCCUUGAGUGGCAGUGGCUCUGCAAAAUUGGGAACAGUGGCCACAGUAGUUGCUGCUGCCAAUUCAACUGCCCAGGAAAGUUCUAAAGAAAUUGAAAGAGCGAUGCAGAUUACUUUAAGAAAUACUCUGGGAAUUAUUACAAAUAAAACCCCUGAUGGCCCAAUGGAUGAUUUAGCGAUUAUGAAGGAGACACUACGGGUCAAGGAUGAGGAACUACAGAAUUUGGCUCGUGAUCUUCGUGCACGAGAUUCAACAAUAAAUGAUAUAGCUGAAAAAUUAUCUGAGACUGCUGAAGCUGCUGAGGCUGCUGCUUCUGCAGCUCAUAUGAUGGAUAAACAAAGGAAAAUCGUUUGUGCAGAAAUUCAACGUAUAAAAGAAGAUUCUGAGAAGCAACUGGAUGCAUCCAUCUUGAAGCUCAAAGAGUAUGAAGCAAAAUUAAUUGAUAUGAGUAGAGAAAGAGAUCAGUUGAUAAAACAAAGAGAUGCUGCUAAUCAGGAAGCACAUAUGUGGCGAUCUGAGCUUGCAAAAGCUAGAGAGCAGGCUGUGAUUCUAGAAGGUGCUGUUGUGAGAGCAGAGGAAAAAGUCAGGGUUUCAGAGGCUGAUGCUGAAGCAAAAAUAAAGGAUGCUAAACAGAAAGAGUUAGCUGCUUUGCAGGAGAAGCAGGAGCUUAUGGCAUAUAUAAAUAGGUUACAAGCACAAAUUCAGAGACAACAUAUACAAGUUUUUGAGGAGAAAAUGGAGUCUUGUCCAGGUAAUGAUAGUUCUCUGCUAACAAAGCACGUUGACUCGUCAAAUGAUAAUGUGGAUAAAGCAUGCUUGAGUGACUCUAGAGCAAUACCAGUCUCUGGUGAGGUCAACCUACGACCAAUUGGAGAUGGGGAAUGGAGUGAUAUUCAGACAACAGAAGCAAGAAUCGCUGAUGUUAGAGAAAUUGCUGCAGAAACUGAAGGAAGCAGUUUAGAUAUUACUGUUGUUAGCCAACCCGUCAGCAGCCAUCAUGAGCAAGAUGUGAGCUCUUCCAAUCAGCCUUAAAUUCAGCAUCAUACAGAACAAAAACGCAUGUUAGAUAUAAGCAUACAGUACACAGCACCUAGUUUAGAAAAAUGCGAACUUUGUUUUUGCAUUCUUUUAUUUGGGAGUAAUAUUCAAAUUAUUUGACUGGCUGAUCUGUUGUUGAUGAUGUGUGUACAUUUCUUGACGUUAGAUGCUAAAGUAUUAACAGAACUGUGUUCUGUUGUGUGAGGCUGUGAGCCAAUUCAUGGAUGAUUUAUACUUCUGUGUAGAGAGUCGGAAGAUGUAAAUCUAGAGAACAAAAACCAUUGAUGAUGAGUGUUUCUUGUUGACAUUCA